AUGGCACCUCACUCAGAAGCAACAAACGGCGCGAGUGGCAAUUACGGCGUGCUUGAAUCAAGAUCGAACUCAAAGCCCGUAAAUGAGUUCGCAUCUCCUUCUGGAGGAGACGCGCCAUUGGCAACUGCACAGCACCACAAACCGCUGGGAGCUGACCGCGAUGGCGUCACGGCUGCUUUCAAACGGUUUGCACAAUCCAUUCAUGAUCCUCGACGACCUUUGCCCACGCAAAGUGGGGAUGGGACGCUGAGUACGAGGAGGACGCAGACCGGACUGAAGGUGGAUUUGAAGCAUCUUGGGUGGAAAGAUGUCAAGACUCUGGUAGAUCUCGUCAAGAGCAAGAUCCACAGCACUGAGCCACUCGAUGACAAGACCAUGCUUAUGGAGCGCAUUAUUAUGAUAGUCGCUGGGCUUCCCACUAGGUCUAGGACUCGAGUGUUGCUGACAGAUCAGUUCAUCAACGAGCUAUGGUAUAGUCUGGACCAUCCAGUGCUCAAUUACAUCGGCGACAAGUCCAUGUACCGCGCCGCGGAUGGCUCCAACAACAACCAGCUAUUUCCAUCAAUGGGCGCAGCGGGCACAACAUACGCCCGCUCGGUCCGUCCUACUAUCAUGCCUCCUGGUGCCUUGCCCGACCCGGGGCUAAUUUACGACUCGGUGAUGAGACGCUCCGACAGUGGGUAUAAGAAGCACCCCAACAAUGUCUCAAGCAUCCUGUGGUAUUGGGCCACCAUCAUCAUUCAUGAUCUCUUCUGGACAGACUUCCGCGACAUGACAAAGUCCAAGACAUCGUCGUAUUUGGACUUAUCACCGCUGUAUGGCAGCAACCAGGAGAUGCAAGACACCAUCAGAACGUUCCGCGACGGGAUGCUCAAGCGUGACGCGUAUGCUGACAAGCGGCUCAAUGGUAUGCCGGCGGGUGUUUCUGUCCUGCUGAUCAUGUUCAACCGGUUCCACAACCACGUCGCCAAGAACCUCGCACUCAUUAAUGAGGGCGGUCGUUUUACGCCACCUCCUGGUCCGCGACCGGGUUUAUCUGAUCCACAGCCGGUCAACGACGACAAGGAACAAGAUGAAGCCCAUAGGACGAGUGAGGCCGCGUGGAAGAAAUACGAUGAAGACCUCUUUCAGACAGCUCGACUCGUCACUUCUGGGCUCUACAUCAACAUCACGCUGGUGGACUACGUCAGGAACAUCGUCAACCUUAACCGCUGUGACACAACCUGGACACUAGACCCUCGUCAAGCGAUGGGCCGUGAUGCCGGCACCACUAAAGGCGCCGACGCUGGCACGGGCAACGUCGUCUCGGCCGAGUUCAACCUGUGCUACAGAUGGCACAGCUGCAUCUCCGAGAAGGACGAUCGCUGGAUCCAGAAGUUCUAUGCCGAAUUGUUCGGAAAACCCGCCACCGAGGUCGGCAUGCAGGACAUGGUUAUGGGCUUUGCAAAGUUUGAGAAGAGUAUCCCUGAAGAUCCUGCGGAACGAACAUUCGCGGGUUACCAGCGUGACCCGGCCACUGGCAAGUUCAACGAUAAUGAUCUUGUGGAAUGCAUUACGGAAGCCAUCGAAGACUGUGCCGGGGCUUUCGGCGCGCGCAACGUGCCGGUGUCCAUGAGGCCCGUGGAGAUCCUGGGCAUCCUCCAGGCUAGGAAGUGGCACGUCGCAGGACUAAACGAGUUCCGCAGGCACUUCGGACUGAAGCCUUAUGAGACCUUCGAGGAGCUCAAUUCUGACCCUGAGGUCGCCAGCUGUCUUCGCCAUCUUUAUGAGCACCCCGACUUUGUGGAGCUUUACCCCGGCUUAGUGGCGGAGGAAGCCAAACAGCCGAUGGUGCCUGGCGUGGGCAUCGCCCCAACGUACACCAUCUCCCGCGUCGUGCUGAGCGAUGCUGUCGUCCUAGUCCGAGGCGACAGGCACUACACGACCGACUACAGCCCCCGGGCACUGACAAACUGGGGCUUCAACGAGGCGCAGUACGACCUGAACGUCAACCACGGCUGCAAUUUCUACAAGCUGUUCAUCCGGGCCUUCCCCAACCACUUCAAGCAGAACUCUGUCUACGCGCACUACCCCAUGGUCAUCCCGCCCGAGAACCGCCGCAUUCUGACCUCCCUCAAACGCGCCGAGCUGUUUACUUGGGACCGCCCGGCGUAUAGCCCUGCUCGUGUGGACGUUGAGUCUUCUGGCGGCUACAAGGAGGCGCUGGGAAAUGCUGCAAAGAUCCAGCAGACCUGGCGCGAGGGAAUUAGCUCACUCCUAGGCAAGAGUGGUAUUCGUUCCACGGUCAAGGCUGACUCGUCCUACUCUAAUGGAGAAAAGAAUGGUGUGCAGAAGUCGUCCCCCGGCGGGCUCUCGGAGGCGACCAAGGGAUUCUACAAGCAGACCACGGAGCGGGUACUCAAAGAGAAAAGCUACGUGCUUGGCGGUAUCCGCAUGGUUGACGUUGUGCGAGACGUGAGCAAUGUUGUGAAUGUACACUUUGCCUCGCGGCUCCUUAACCUACCUCUCAAGACCGCAUCAAGCCCAAAGGGUAUCUACACCGAAGAAGAGCUGUACGCCGUACUAGCACUAAUAUUCAUCACCAUCUUCUUGGAUGUUGAUCCCGUGAAGACAUUCCCCAACAGGCAGGCGGCGAAGACUAUCAGUGAGCAGCUAGGCAAGCUCAUUGAGACCAGCACAGGUCGAUCGUUCAAGAGCUACUUCUCCAGCGGCAAAACAGAUUCGGUUCAUAGUCAAGGCACAGACAUGAUCAAAGCCUGGGGCAAGGGCGGAAUGAGUGCGUCCGAUGUUGCUUGGGGUCACAUUUUGCCCACAGCUUGUCACCUGGUGCCAAUUCAGGGCAUGUUGUUUGCCCAAGCGGCCGACUUCUACCUAUCCCCAGCAGGCAAGGAACACCUACCGAAGGUUCAAGCACUUGCCCGUGAAGCAUCCUCAGGUCAGAAUGACAAGCUGAUCCUGGGCUACAUUAUGGAUGGAAUCCGGUUGUCAAGACGCACUCCUACACCAGAAGAUACUCUUGACUCUGAUGAGUCACAGAAGAUCACCCCUACGAGGGCCCUGGAUGAACAUCCCGACUACGGACUGGGCUCCAACCCUCACCUGGCGCGUGACGUACACAUGGCGGCCCUGACGGAGAUGUUCCGAGUGGUCUUCAGCAAGAAGAACCUCCGCCGCGCCCCAGGCCCACAGGGCGAACACAAAAAGGUUGCCCAGGAAGACGGAUCCUGGGCGUACCUGACCGAAGACUGGAGCAGCAUUUCGCCUCUGCCGACAUCGAUGCGGGUGUGCUGGGAUGAGAACUAA